GUGCAUAUUUGUGCAUGCUCUUACACAACAAAUCUCGGUGAUAGCUGCAACAAGUUCUGUUUUUCUGCGUCGUCAAGAUGUUCACUCGUCAAUUGCACAAUGCUGAUCCCAGCAAAGUCUCGAAAAUACCAGAUCCUCGAGCGCCUAAUUAUCGCAUGGGCGAUUAUGGUUACGGUAAACAGGGAGUGCGUGUGUUUCAACUGAAGAAAGAUGGACCCGUACACAGUGUGACCGAAUUCAAAGUGAACUCACAUAUGCGUUUGCGCACACACAAAGAAUACUACCAAGACUCCAAAGUAGUUGAUAUUGAUUUCAAGACACAUUGGUUGAAAGUACGUGACUUAAUAUUACAAUCGUUUGCUGGUGAUCCAGAGAAAGGUGUAGUCAUCACUAGUGUCCAGUAUGCGGCGUAUGUUGCAGAACGUGCUGUGCUUGAUGCAAUUCCCGAGAUUUGUAGCAUUUCUAUAAGCCUCCCAAAUUAUAAACAUUUUCCUUUCGAUUUCUCACGUUUUCCGCCGAUCGAGCCGAAAGCUAAUGUUAUCAUUGCUAAUCCAGCAGACACGCCGUUGGGCUUGGGAUAUGCGCAAUUAGACCGUUUGGAAAAAUGAAAACAAUCAAAAAAUUAUAUUAUUUCUAUCAAUUCAUUAAGGGAUACUUU